UUUUAUUUACAUAUUAAAAUUAUUUAUUUUUCUUCAAAAAAAUUUUAUAUAAAUAUUUAGAAUUAUUUAAUAAGAAAAAUUUGCUAAUUUUGAAUUAAUUUACAAUAUUAAAAUUUGAAGAGAUAUGGAUGAAGAUGAUGAUCCUAUUGUUGAAGAAAUUCCAAUAUUUUUGUCAAAAUCUUUAGAAAAUAACCUUUUUGUAUUACAAUUUCCGAAUCGAAGUAGCGAUAGAAGUACUGACGGUGAAGAUAUAGUUAAUUCUUGUAUAAAGCCUAUUAAUCGAGAAAUUAAAAUAGAUUUCCACGUGGAUAGUGAAUCUAAAUUUUAUGAUCGCUUUAAAGGGAAAAGUUUUGCAAUAGCAUCAGAUGGUAAAACACAAACAUCAACUAAAAAUCAAAAUGAAAGGCCAAGUUUUCCAAAUGGAAUUAUGGACAAACAAGCUUAUAUUAGUUCAAAGCCAAUUGAAAAUUCCAAUAAAUAUUUUGUGGGAAUAUUUUUUGAUAAAGAAAUGCAUUUGACUCCAAUUGCAGACAUUUUACAAAUGCGUCCUAACUUUUCAUAUUUUGAUAAAGAAGAUAAAAGAACAAAAGCAGAACAAAAAGCUGCUGCCUCACAAGAUGCUGAUGAUGAAGAUGAAGAAUUACAACAAGUUACUGUAAAAUUUUCAAAAACAGGUCAAACAUCCGAAAGUGUUAAAAAAGCUUUAGAAAAAAGUUAUGAACAUUUUAUAAAAAAAUCUGCCGAAGAACCAUGGUGUGAGGCAAUGUGGUAUCCAAGCAAUUCACCGACUGCCGAAAAGGAAAGACAAAAACUAUUCUCUAAUAAAACUGAUAUAGCAGAUUAUGCUUUGAGUAUGAGUGGUAAAAAAUAUAUAGAAUUACUAAUUCCUCCAGAACGUUCUGAUCAAAAUUUAGAAUCUAUUUUACCAUCAAAUAUUGUUAGUAAAGCAAAACUCAAAACAAUGAAUAUAACUAAUCAAUUAAAACAUAUUUUGAAAGAUGGUCGAAUGUUAUCAUUCAUUGAUAUUAUGACAAUUUUAGAAAAAUGUGAUCAAGAUAUCACAACCGAAAAAGUUCUUAGAAAUUUACCUUUAAUUGGUGUUUUAAUUAGAGGGAAUUGGGUUGUACAAUCAGAAAUAUUAUAUCCAGAAGAAUCUGUAUCAAAAACAAAUGGUGUUAGCGCUGAAUUAAUGUGCCGUGCUAGAGAUUAUGUGAUUUAUAAAUUUUCCAAACAAGAAUAUUUACAUCGUCGUAAAGUAAUAAUAGCCACACAAUUACCUCCAGAAGAAACAACAGAAAUUUUAACAUCGAUAGCAAAAUUAAAUCCAGAAAAAAAAUGGGAAUUACUAUUACCACCAGAUGUUGGUUUUGAAUCACGAUAUCCCGAUUUAGUACAGCGGCAAGAAGGAAUGUGGAAUUUAACUCAAGAAAAAUAUUUGGGAAUGGAUUUUGAAAAAUCGCCAAAACGUUCUCGCAAGAGAUCACUCAGAGAAGUUAAAGUAGAACCAAAAUCAUGAACAACAUUAAUGUAAAUUUCAUAUUUUUUGAAAUAUUAUGAACAUGUAAUACUAUAUAUCCAAUAAUAUUGUUAAUUAUGAAUUACUUGUAAAAGAUACAUUUAUUGUUAUUUUUUUAAAUACAUAAACUUUUUUCU